AUUGAAAAAAAAGUCGUAGCAUGGAUGAAAGAACAAGUAAAUAAUGAAAAAAAACGUAUUAUUAGUUUAGGUUCAAAAUCAAUUUUGGUAGAUGUUAAAAAUGCAGGUAUAGUUAAAGAAGACAAUAAAAUAAUAAAUAGAAUGGAGUUAAAUACAAGUUUCGAUUUUAAUAAAGUUACACAAAUUAUGGUAAGCGAUAGUAUCGAAUGUCCAAUGAAAAAAGGUUAUUACUAUAUGAAUGUUUUAUUAUUUGCAAACAAUCCAAUACCCUUAUUAGUUCCAUAUAUUUACUUAAAAUCCACAGAAAAUAAAUUAAAUGAUUGGUUGUUUAUUAACAAUCAAUUCCAAAGAAGUCAACAUAGAAUUAACGAAUUUAAAGAUGUAUAA